CCCCUCCCCCCAAAAUCCCCAAUCUGUUCAACCAAAAUCCCCAAUCGGGUUCUCGCCGAACCCAUACGUUUCUCAUCCGCCCCUUCCUUCUUCAGCUACCAAAUCCACGGCCUUCUUAAACUCUCACAAAUGGGCAUGUUCCGGUGCGGUUCACUGCCGGUUGAUGGAUGCGGCUCAUCCCGGAAUCGUGCCAAUGCACAAAGUCAACUUCGAUGCCAAGAACGAGUACGAGAUGAUUCAGAACUACAAAGUUCUUCAAGAUGUCUUUAACAAAAUGAAGAUUACCAAGCACAUUGAGGUGAACAAAUUAGUGAAAGGAAGGCCCUUGGAUAAUCUGGAGUUUAUGCAAUGGAUGAAGCGGUACUGUGAUUCGGUUAGUGGAGGGGUUCUGUACAGGAGAUAGUGAUGUCACAAAAAACCAGUAGACCCGAUUAAAGUUUACUCUGAGAGAUAUGCAGUUGUUCCUGAUGACAACGUAAGUGUUCUUUCCACAGUUUUCAUUGUCUUCAUUACUGGUGUUUAAAUAGUUGGUUUCUCCAAAAGAUUAUAAUUUGCAACUGUUAUCUAUUUAUUUGUAGGUCAAAAGGAUAAAUUUUGCCGAGGGGAAGAUCUGAUUCUAGAAGUAAGGAAUUUGCAGCUUGAUUUUUGAAAUAGGCUCAAAAUUGAGAUCUUGUUGGAAAUUUUUUAUUUUUUUUAUUUUUUUUGUAAGAGCAUUUAAAUAUCCAAUGUGCUGAUUGGUG